UCACAUGUUUGAAAUUGAUAAUUUGUGGCCGCAAUCAUGUUUUUGAUUACCCGAAUGUUUGUCAACAAUUUACCACGACAACGACGAUCAUUGAUGAUAAUAAGAACUUUAACUAGCAAUAAUAAAAAUUCCGAAAUAUUCAGCCGUAUUGAUUUGGAAGCAAAUUCCAUUCAAACGAUUCGAUUUGAAUUGACAAAAAAUUUAAAAAUUUCCAAUGAAAAAGCCAAUUUGAUUCUGUUGAAAUGGCUGAAUGAUUCAAGUGUUGAUCGUAAUCAACAACAAUUAAAUGAUAAAAUUAAUUUAUUACGAUCAAAUUUCGAUAUCGAUGAUAUUGAUCAUAAUAUUCAACUAUUGAAUAUUUCGAUGGAAAAAAUUCAAAGUAAAAUAAAUAUUCUAAAUGAAUUGGCAUUCAAACAACCUGAAAUAUCAAUGUUAUAUGCAUUACCAAAUCUGAUGAACAAAAAUAUCGAACAACUAAAAUCCAUUGGUUAUUAUGACGAAAAUUUAGAUCUCCUCGGAUAUAUUGUCCAACAACUUCGAUCAACAAACGUAGAUCAACAUUCAUUUUCCUAUGAUAAAUUUGAACAAAAACUUCGUAAUGAAUAUAAAAAUAAUUCUCAAAUCAUUCUUAAAGAUUUACGUCGAACAAUAAUAUCAUUGAUAUUAAGACAAAUUCUGGAUUGUUCCAGACAAGUUGCACAACAUUUAAUCGAUGAUCAAGAUAAUGAUUCAUUGGAUAAUCAUUUAGAUCGUAUUAGUCUGCGAAAAUUGCUUGAAAAUUUAAAUAUCCUUAAAAAUCAACUAAAUUUACCGGUAAAUUUUAUGGUCAAACAUUUUCAUAUGUUAUGUAAUUGUGAUACGGCCAAUUUGGCUAAACUAGCUACAAUCAAUCAUUUUCAUCACUCAAUUGACAAUGAUUCAAAUGAUUUACGUUUGGCAUUUUUUUGUCGUAAACGUUUGGUAAAUUUGGAUGCCAAAUUGAUUGAAGAACGAAUGAAUAUUUUACUGAAAAACUAUGGCUGCACCAUACAACAAUUAACCUGUAACGUGUUAAUUUUGGAAUUAUCAACCGAUAAAAUAAGGGAAAAUUUUGAAAAAUUUAAAAAACAACCCGAAUUACAAUCCUAUUCGGAUAGUCGUGAUCUAUUACGUAUCAUUUUGAAUAUUGAUAUUGCCAUACGAAAUAUCGAAUUAUUAAAAGAAAAAGGAAUGCAAACUCGAUACGUUUCCCUGCAUAACUUGCUGAAACCAAGUAAUCGUUUUUCAACAAUGCUGGCGAAUAAUAAUUUCAAAUUAACCUUGAAUACAUUUGUUCAAAUGCAUUUUGGUAUAACAUUAAAAGAGAUCAAAAAUCGUAUUGGAAAAUUUCAAUCAUCAAAAACAACACGUUCAUUAAAUUCGGUGAAUGCUGAAAAUAUUGUAAAUUUUUUUCGUGAACAAGGUCUUUCAGAUGAUCAAAUUAUUAAUGGAAUUUAUUUAGUUUUUUUGGAUUUUAAUCUCAUUCAAACGGUUUGGUUGGAAAUGUUUAACAGUGAUGAUAAUGGUAAUGUCGAUGGCCACCAAAACAGAAAUUGGAAACAACAUCCAAAUGUAUUGCAAUUAUUAUUUCAUAAAAUUGAAACCAGAAAUGUUCAUCAUUGAAUUAGUUUUGGUGAUUUGGUUAACACUUGAUGAUCCAU